AUGAGAAAGUUAACAGACAAUGAUGAGGGAACUAAGCUAACAGGUAAUAAUGAGAGAACAAGGUUAACAUUCAAUAAUGAGGGAACUAAGCUAACAGGAUAUAUUGAGAGAACAAGGUUAACAGACAUUGAUGCUGAGGGAACUAAGCUAACAGCUAAUAAUGAGAGAACAAAGUUAACAGCCAAUGAUGAGGGAACUAAGCUAACAGCCAAUAAUGAGAGAACAAAGUCAACAGCCAACGAUGAGGGAAAGAAGAAGACCACGGAAAAGGAUGACUCAAGAAAGAUUACUGAUAAUGAAUAUAGCAUAAAGAAGUUUACACAUAACAAUAAUGAGAGUCUAAGUAAGUCUGCAAGCGAUGAGGUUACAAUGAAUUCGUUCCAGCCAAAGGAAGAGACAGUAAUGACUUUGCCUCCUAUCCUAGAUGACGAGGAGAAUAAAACGAACGAGAAGGGUAGAAGGAAACUUGCAGAAGCUGGAAAGCCUUACUGCCAAAACAAACAAUUCUUCUCCAAAAACAUAACGACGGAAUUACUAACUCGAAGUGCAACUAUCGUAACGAUGCUUUGGCAGAUUCUUGAAGACAAAGUGACGGGGUGUCAGUUCGUCCUGGUUACGACCAACAUUUGGCAACCAAUCAUAUCCUACAUUAUUAGUCUCAGCUUCACCUUUUUUGAGCCAUUGGUGGUUAUGGACAUCGGCAAGCGAGGCGAUUUAAACUCUUCCAAUAUCCCAAAAGGAAUAUGGGGUGGACCUAAUACUGUUUGCAGAGUGGCCAUUAUCGACCUGAUGCAAGAUGACAUCAAUUAUGUGCUAAACUUUUUGGAAGCCUCCAAAUUCUACUUGUGGCCGAAUUCUUUGCCAGUCAUCAUUGGCGAAGAUUCGAAGGCUCAACAAACUCUCAAUCAUAGACUUUUUCGGAAUUUCCAUCACCCCGUAUACUUUGGACUUCAGUCGUCGACAAUUAAAAACAUUCUGUAUCACGGUCGUAGUGAUGUAGCAAGGAAGGAGGAGAUUCUAGUAUACAGUCGCUGCUUGUACUGUAGUGAUGGAGCCCCGGAAAGGAUCUUCUUAUUCCUGUGGCCAAUUGGAUCAAAGAUGCCCCGCCCUAUCAACACUUUGCGAGAUAGACUUCUGGACUUGGAGGGCCACAAGUUCAGAGUGCUGUCAAUGCCAACCUUUCCUUACUGUGCGUACCGACGAGAUUCUGAUACACCUGGGUCAACGUUGACACUUCUAGACAGUGUAGAUAAAAGGUUACUAGAAGCUGUAUCUACUCAUUUGAAUUUUACUUACGAUAUUCGAGUCCCCAUGGACGGACAGUGGGGCGUGUCCACGAAGACCGGAAACUGGACUGGCAUGGUUGGGGAACUUCAGCACGAGCAAGCGGACUUCACCACGACGGUGGCUCCAACUCUUGGUAGACUCGACGUCAUGGACACCACGAAAGCCUACACUGCAGACGUACUAGCCAUCGUGUGUCUGAAGCCUCAGCUUUUUCCUCAGUACCUGGUCCUCAUAAAACCUUUCACAGCGGAUGUUUGGGCCUACAUAAUGAUAACCAUCGUGAUCUGGGCAGUUUCAUUUUGGGCAAUCCAGAGAGUAUGGUCAUGGUACAACGAUGAGAAGUGCAUGUCGCUGGUGGAGUCCUUCUUUUUUAGUUGGGCAAUCGUCCUGGAUGACGUGCAUCUCAAUCCACCGUCCAAUACCCCAUCAAGGCGAACUUCGCAGGUCACGUUGCUCUUCUGGCUACUGGGAACUUUCGUGAUCACAACGGGCUACAGGUCGUCCCUGGUCGCCUACCUCGGGGUGCAGAGCAAAGAGAAGCCCAUCGACAGCUUCCACGACCUUGUAGCCCAGCAGGGCUUCCGAUGGGGGGUCGAAUCUCGCUACAUGAGCGGCAUCGCUCUGAUCUUCUUCCAGAGCUCCACCGAUCCGGAUGUUCAGGCUGUCUACAGGACGAUGGAUUACAUUGAAGAUGUCGACCAAACAUUUCAGAAGAUAUCAAAGGGAAAAUACGCCAUGAUUACAUACGCUAAACUGGGCCGCACUUUGAUAGAUUCCUAUUACACGGACAAGUUCGGAAACACUCCAUUCUACGUCGGUAAACAUGGCUACGGUUUAGUCCCUUACUUUGGAUGGGGAUAUAGUGGGGCAUUUGUGCAGAAUUAG